UCCCACAAUAUACUUCUGUUGCUGUAAGAACAUUAACUGUUCUACUGUGUAGUUAAUGUUAAUGCUCCCAUGCCUUUCGAUGCUCUGCAGGACAGUCAUUAUUAUUUUAUUUUAUUCAGAGAACUCAGUGCCUCUGAUCCCCACUGGAGGGCACUAUCUAUCCACCAACAGCCAGCCCAGAACCAGGAGCCCCCAGGAGAUUGCAGUAUCACCGCACCCCACACGGAGGCACUCUAAUGGCACAGCGCGGCCCCCACAACGCCACAGACACAGAGGGACAGAGGACUCCAUCCUCUUUGGGGUUGUAGGAAUGAGAUGAAUAUAAUUGGUUUCAAAUCAAACCAAUUAUAAAUGACACAACACCUUCAGACUAAUAUAAUCUGUCAGAAUGUACUAAGACAAGAGCAGCAGGUCUGGAGGUGUUUUAUUCCUUGUUGAAGUCAUAAACAGUCAGUUGUUGUGAGGCAGUUUUAGAAGUGAGGCACUGUACCUAUUGACAAAUAAUCUAUCUGUCUGCUCUGUCUCUGUCUCUCUGUUUGUCUUCAUCAGGAUGAAAGCAGCUCCUCUGACCACAGUGACUUGGAUAGCUCUGUCAUCCCUCUGCCGGCUGUCUGCCCACGCCUACCUGCAGCCCCCAAUCCACAGAAUGUACCCACAGUCAGGAAACAAGCUCUUCUGUUCCUGAAACCAGAUAUGCUGUGGCACCCUCUGUCUUCGGCAAGGAGGAGUAGUGCCAAGGCCCGUCUCACUCAACUAAGACUGAGAUGGUUAGCAGAGUGUCGUUGUCCUCCAGUAGGGGUUUCUCUCUGAGGAAGACUGAGGACGACCCCCGACCUUCCAUGCCGCCCCAGAACCACCACAGCACUCAGCAGCUUUACAGAGAGAGCAGCAGGUCAUAGAGCCCCACAGUGGCCGACGCGAUGACCCACGACCUUCCACACCACCCCAGACCCACCACAGCACUCAGCAGGCGGCCCAGCGUUACAACCAGGCCUAUGGCCUCCUGCCUCGAAUUUCACUGCAGAAAGAAGGCGCUGUGAAACACCAUUACACCUGGCGACCGUGGCAGCUUGCACUGUGCCCGGUCCGCACUACUUAAUAUAGUGUCUGGAGGAGUUGGACUCGAGUGUGAACCUGUUGGGUGAUGGACCCUGUUCGGCCUGCUGUCAGCCUGCCCCCUACUGGACAGCCACUCCCUGCCGGCCUGCAGCCUCAUAGCCUGCUACCAGUAGCCAUACAGCCUCAUACUGGCCAGCGCCUUUGCAGAUAAACAGCAACACUGCAUUGUACUGGCCAGUACCCUGGCAGGAACAGGGCAUCUGAAGUCAGUGAAUCUGUCCCAUAACGCCCUGUGCUCUAUGGGCUUUGAGCUGGUCCUGAAGACUCUGCCUCUCCAAUGUCUCACUCAACUCGAUCUGUCUGCCAUCCGCUGUGGAACCGCUGACCACCCUCCUUCAAAACUUCUCAAACACACACACACACAAAUGCACACACAUACACACACACACACACACACACAAAUUCAAAUACAGUUAUUCUAUUGUGUACUUUCACAUUAAUUAAGCAUUGUUUGUCUAAAGAAAUGCAUAAACUAUCACAGGAUCUACAGUAAGUAUUUACUUAGUAGAGGAAAUUUGUCCAGGAAGGUACACGAUAAAGACUGCAAAUCUAAGAAAUGGAUCAGUAAAUUAUGAGGAGCUUUUAAUAGAAUUUGUUGAAACAAUUGUUUGCGUUUCUGGUCUGAGGCAGGCGCCUUGCAAGUUGAGAAAACAUUUCACAGUUUGAAAAGGAAGUUUGUCAUCCGCUUAUCUGCUGCACAACUUUGCCUUUGGUAUUCAAGCUAAGAAACGUGUUGAUAUGGUAAUUAGGAUACAAUGGUUGUAUCUUAAUUGUAUAUUUGACUUAAUGGGGAGCUAUGGCAAGAUGAUAUUUAGAGGAGCAAAUGUAGUUGUCACACCCUGAUCUGUUUCACCUGUCUUUGUGAUUGUCUCCAUUAUCCCCUGUGUAUUUUAUACUUGUGUUCUCUGUUUGUCUGUUGCCAGUUCGUCUUGUUUGUCAAGUCAACCAAUGUUUUUUGUCUCAUGUCCUGCUUUUCCCAGUCUCUUUUUCUCGCCCUCCUAGUUUUGACCCUUGCCUGUCCUGACUCUGGGCCCUCCUGCCUGACCACUCCACUUGACCCUGCCUGUCGUCCUGUACGUUUGCCCCUCCUCUGGUUUACUGACCCCUGCUUGCCUUUGACCUGGCUAUUGCCUGCCCCUGUUGGAUUAUUAAACCAUUGUUAAUUCGGCAUUGUCUGCAUCUGGGUCUACCUGAUAGUAGUGAUGGCUCCUCUGUAAGUAAGAUUCAUGUCAACUAGUAAUGUUUAAACUGAGAACUCAACACUGACAUAUUGGGUGAUAGUACUAUGUCUAACUGCCUGGUUAAGGGCAUACCAUGAGAUCUGGGAUUUGAUUGGUCCCUUGCUGAAAAUGGAAAAGGAGUCACAGAGAACAUGGUUCUCGUUGGUUCCUUUGUGUGUUCCACAGGAUGACUGCUCCCUGACCCACCUGAAUCUGGCGGGAAAUGGACUGAUGGACAGCAGCAUUUCCACCCUCGCCAGGUGUCUGCCUCGCUGUCCCUCCAUGGUGUCUGUGGACCUGGCAUGGAACCCAGCGGUGACCUCAGUGGGACUCCACAGCAUCCUCUCCAACCGGCGAGCUUUGACCUAUCUCAACCUCCAAGGUUGUCAGGUAGCCGGACCCUGGGACAGCUCUAGUUUGGACGACUUGUCACACCAGGUCCAGGACCUGUGGCUGUGCUCCCAGGUGCUCAACAAACUGGACUGCAAGGCGCUGCAGCAGAUCUGGGGCCAGAGGAGGCCCGGGGGCUGCUUCCUCUCCAGGGAUGCCAAGUGCCUGCUCACUACUGCCCCUUCACUGUGAGGAAGACUCCUUCAGUUUUCACACC